GCUUCUCUCGUUCUGUUCUCAGUCCAUUCUUUCUACUGGGUUUGUCUGUAGGGUUUCAAAUCUGCGAUUCACCCGGUGAGAAGGUUCUUUUGGCUCAACAUUCGACCUCUCAUAAGCUAGUGGUUCAACUCCAGAAAAGGUUCUGAACCUUCGAUGUCGGCGAUUGAUGGAAGCGCCAAGCGGAGAGGAAAGGAUGGUGGAUCUCUCAGAUCGGAGAGGAAGAGGCGUGGUGAAGAUGACUUCGAUGAUGAUCUAGAUCUCUCCAGUGACAUCAAGGGAAUCAUCUCGGCGUUACAACAGAUAAAGGACAAAGCGCAAAAAGAUGGACAGAAGAAGAAUGAAGAGACGAUCAUGAGUGUGGCAUCGGAGAUCAAGUCUAUGAUAGAUGAUACAAAGUCAAAGUUUGAAAAAGAAAGGCAAGUUUUUCUUAAGGCUCUUUCCAAGUGUUCUAAAGAGUAUGAGAGCUCUUUGAAGAGCGAAUACAACAACUUUCAGGCAGCAUACCAAAAGUUCUCGAACGAGAAAGCGGGCCAUCUACAGAUAUUCAAAGAUAUAUUUUCAAAAUAUGAACUGGAUAAGGAGAAGUUGUUGUCACGCUAUGAGCAGAUGAGAAAGAAAGAGAAGGCUGCGCUGGCUGAACUUGAGAGGGCCUUCACUACCAAGAUAGCGAGUGCGGAAGAGGCUCUGAAAAGAAAGAAGCAGGAUGACAAAUCCUUCAGCUUCUUGCGAAAGUCGCUUGGUUCUUUUCUGGAGGUUGCUUCAGAUGAUGAUUAAGCAUCUAAUUGUUUCUCAGAUAAUUUUUUUUUUAUUCUUCAUAAGUUUAGAAAACCAAAAACUUCUCUAUACCAGGCAAAGCAUAUGAGUCUAUCUU